GCCCCUCGCCUCCCGGCUUCCGCCGGCCCUAAUUCCGCUUCCUGUCUGCCGUCGGCGUCUUUGCUGAGGGUCACAUUGAGCGGCCAGCUGCUUCAGGGGCGUCGUCAGGAUCAGCACCAUGGCAGAAGACAUCAAGACCAAAAUCAAGAACUACAAGACCGCUCCAUUUGACAGCCGCUUCCCCAACCAGAACCAGACCAGGAACUGCUGGCAGAACUACCUGGACUUCCACCGCUGUGAGAAGGCGAUGACCGCAAAAGGGGGUGACGUCUCUGUGUGCGAGUGGUACCGGCGUGUGUACAAGUCUCUCUGCCCCAUCUCCUGGGUCUCCGCCUGGGACGAACGCCGAGCAGAAGGCACGUUUCCUGGGAAGAUCUGAACUGGCCCCACCCACUCCUGUACCUCCGUCCCGCUCCCAGGGUGGGAAAGGGGGACCUGCCCUGGGACCCUGAAUCAUGACUGAGCUGAUAAUAAAAACUCGCUAGAGACCUGGAA